ACCAAUCAGCAUCCACCGGGUCUACGGCAGCGCUUGUCCAGAAGUUAGCUUCAUGCUGCCACAUUGCCUUGUAGCAUUCCCACGUUAUACAAUUUAUUGGAUAUCAAGGCAUAAUAAUUAGGCUUGUUAGAGAAAAGAAUCAGUCGCGUGGGAAGGACACCAAACUGAAACGAUGACGGGCUCGAACGAGUACAAGCUAAACCAGGGACCAGAGGACAGCAUCUCGGCUGUCAAGUUCAGUCCCAGCGCAACCCAGUUCCUGCUGGUUUCCUCUUGGGACUGCACUGUCCGUCUCUUUGAUGUUGGAGGCAACACCAUGCGGAUGAAGUACCAGCACGCGGCGCCGGUUCUCGACUGUGCUUUUUAUGACCCAACACAUUCUUGGAGCGGAGGCUUAGAUGCACAAUUAAAAACGCAUGAUUUGAACACAGACCAAGGUACUAUCGUCGGAACACAUGAUGCCCCCAUUCGUUGUGUGGAAUACUGCCCAGAGGUUAAUGUUAUGGUAACGGGUAGCUGGGACAGAUCAGUUCGGCUAUGGGACCCAAGGACGCCCUGCAAUGCUGGCACCUUUACGCAGCCUGAAAAGGUGUAUACCCUCUCUGUGGCUGGAGAUAGGCUGAUUGUUGGCACAGCUGGGAGACGAGUACUGGUCUGGGAUUUGAGAAACAUGGGCUACGUACAGCAAAGAAGAGAGUCCAGUCUCAAGUAUCAAACCCGCUGCAUUAGAGCCUUCCCCAACAAACAGGGCUACGUCUUGAGUUCAAUCGAGGGACGUGUAGCCGUGGAGUACCUGGACCCAAGCCCGGAGUUUCAGAAGAAGAAGUAUGCCUUCAAAUGCCACAGGCUGAAGGAGGAAGGAAUUGAGCAGGUUUACCCUGUCAACGCCAUCUCAUUUCACAGUAUUCACAACACCUUUGCCACAGGUGGCUCAGAUGGCUUUGUGAACAUCUGGGACCCCUUCAACAAGAAGCGCCUGUGUCAGUUCCACAGGUACCCGACCAGCAUCGCCUCACUGGCCUUUAACAACGACGGCACCAUGCUUGCAAUCGCCUCCUCCUACAUGCACGAGAAGGGCGACAUCAACCACCCAGAGGAUGCCAUCUUCAUCCGCCAAGUCACAGAUGCUGAGACGAAACCCAAGUCAACCUAAGUCCACCGUGGACUGGUUCCCUCUGCGUAUGAAGCCUUUAUCACAUUUGGGUUAUGUGCUGGCGUCCAGUGUACCAUUACCAAAUUGUUUGCCGUCAUGUCUUUCCAUACCAAAACCAUUGUUUUCUCUCUUGUAAGUAAUAGUUGUGAAAACCUUUUCUUUCUUUCUCGUUUGUGGCUCUUGUUAAAUAUUUCCUUGUUUCAUGUCUGUUCUGACAACCAACUCUUGUUUUUCUUGACUGAAACAUUUUAAAAUCGGUUCUCUUUGCCAUUUUUCUUUUGUCAUUCUAGAGUCAUCAAAAGUUUUGUUUUUACUCUUAACUGUGGCGUUCAAUCUUAAAUCCUACUGAAGCUGUCCUUCAGGGUUUGUAACACCCAUUUGAGUUUGAAACCUUUUGACGGUCUAAUAAAACUUUUUUAUCUUUUUAAA